CUGGACUCACUCAGCCAGCUUACUGACAAUCAGCAGUGUCUUUUAUUUAUUUUUGGUUAUUUCCGGACAGAGCAAAAGCAAAUAUGCUGGCCACGUUGAUGACCAUGUUAUUUUUUGUGGUUAGGGCUGUGGAGCAGCUGGGAACCGGCCUGCUCCGCGAGGAACCUGUGCCGUAUUUGGUGUACCAACCUCUUCCCUGGCAGAUCCAGUAUGUGUCUCAGAACCGCCGAGGAAGCCGUGUGGAUGAGAAAGACUCCUGUGUGGCUGGAGGGUCCAAGUACUCGUCGACCAUGAAUGGCCAGUGGCCUGUCCGUUCAUCACCAGAGCGAGCUGCCUUAACCAUCCAGACGCAGUACCGGAAAUACCAACAACGCAAGCAGAACGAUAACAAGCAAGCUAGCCAAAGCAGUGAGCCAGUGGACAGAGCGGUCCGAGUUUAACCAAGGCCAUUACUAGGGUUCAACACACAGCGAUUAUUAACCAAAUAAAGGUAAGAAUGGCCACUACUACAGCAGCCACUCCGUCCUCUGUUUCCCGUAUCCCUUCUGACCAGGAGGUUCUCUAGUUAGCCGAGUCUUUGUGAAGCAACCACCUGUAGAAGACACUUUCAGAUGGAUCAUGUCCUGUACACCAAAAGAUUCAAGUUCCUGGGUAAUUUAUUGAGAGUUGGACUACAUCUCAAAUGUGGAUUCUCAGGUUGACGAGCAGGCUGAGCUCAGAUUUGCAAGACAAGUCUCAAUGUACAAACGAAUUAAAAGAAAAAAAUGUGAACGCA